ACAGCUACUCAGCCGCCAUUUUGGCUCGCCUUGUGGCAUGAGCUCAAGUCGCGGCGUCGCUCCGUCAUCUGAGCCACAAUGGAGCAGUUUCAUCCGUGAGCGUGUCGAAACCAACCGGAAACACGAGACGUCACUUCUGUCACGUGAACGUUGUUUACUUCCGGCCGAAUCUCCGCAGCACGUGCCAGGAGGAGGCAAUGGCCGCCUUCAGUCCAGAGCAGGCCCGGAGGAUUGUGGGUCGCCUGCAGCAGCCCGCGGUCUUCUUGAACAUGACGCAGGGCUGGCCGGUCCUCCACUGGACCGCCGAGAACUUGGGCCAACGUCUCGGGGACCGGACCGUCCGCUUCCGGCUGGGGAGGAAGGCGGAGACUAAGGUUCCGCUCUUUGAAAGUCAGUGUUCUUACCUGGAUGCAAAGAUGGAUCAUUUUCUGGCCUGGGUCAAAGGUCAGGCCCAGGAGGAUGCGGGUCCUUUCUGCGACUUCCCCUCAUCGGAGUACUGGGCCUACGCCGACUACAAGUACAUCGCCAUGUUGUUUGCCGACCAGCCGUCCAUGUUUGAGGAAGUGAAGUGGGAGGUCUUUGGCUUGGAGGGACGCAACGGGAAGGACAGCACCUUGUGGGUGGGCUCCAAAGGUGCCAACACACCGUGCCACCUGGACUCUUACGGCUGUAACCUGGUCCUGCAGGUCCAAGGACGGAAGUGCUGGCACCUGUUCCCACCUGAGGACACGUCCACACUCUACCCCACCAGGGUCCCCUACGAGGAGUCCAGUGUCUUCAGCCGUGUGGACGUGCUCCAUCCUGACCUGACCACGUUCCCUGCCUUCACCAGGGCCAGAGUCCACACUGUCACCCUGGAACCUGGACAGGUCCUGGUGGUGCCCAGGCACUGGUGGCACUACGUGGAGUCUCUGGAUGAUGUCACCGUCAGCGUCAACUCCUGGGUGGAAUUGGAGGACGACCACGUGGCGCGGCUCGGCGAGGCGGUGACCAGGACGGUGGUGUGCGCCCUGAAGAGAGACCACGACGCCGGUGACUGGCUCAACCCCACUGAGGAGGCGGUGCCAUCCCAUAAUGACAACAUGCGCUACGUCAACAUGGCGCUGCAGGCCUGUGCCGCGCCACAGCGGACCGACCCGGCGGCCGGCGACACUCGCCCGGCCAAGAGGGACUCGGACGGACGCGUCAGGCGGCGGGCCGGCGAGGCGGUGCCCUUCGGCCCGUGUCUACUUCCUGUUGGCCCACAGCCCCGCCCACACGGCGACGCCCCUCCCGGUGCGCCAGGUGAGGGCCCGGGUGAGACCGUGACCACGGACCGCCUGCUGGACUGUCUGCUGCACCCUGACGUCAUCGCCAUGGUUACGCAGCUGCUGCUCCACAGCCGAUAGACUUACCUUCUCGCCAGGUGCUUUGUGCCACACUUCCUGUUGGGGCGUCCUGGCAGGAAGUACAACCCUUUGGUAAUAAAACAUCACAACUAAUAUUGUUAUUGUUUUAUAUUAUUACAUGUUAUUCUUUUUCAAAUGAAAUAUUGUUUAUGCAAUUAAAUAUUGUUUGAUUAAAUAUCAUUGUUUGAGAAUUAAAUGUUUUAUUAAAUACUGUUUUUAAAAUGAAAUAUUGUUAUUGUUAUAUCAAAGUAAAUACUGUAAAUAGUUGAAUGGUAUGUCUUACUGCCAGAACAUUCUGUUACUUAUUCCUAAAUGCAAUACUUUCAUUUUUGUCCUGAAAAUUCGACACACAAUUCCCCACAAUGACAAUGUGACUUUUUUUUUUUUUACAUUUUUUGUAUGAGAAAUAAAAAAAACAAUACAUGUCAUGUACAUAAGUAUUCACACUGCUUCACUUUUUACACAUUCUGUUAAGUUGCAGCCUUCAAAUCAAUUAUUUGUUGUACACACAAUCCCUAUAACGACACAGUGGCCAUGUUGCAUCAUUAGUAGAAAUAAAAC